UCUCUGACUAUCGCUCCGAGUCCACACCCGACAUCAUCCACACUGUUCCAGCAUGAGGUACCAGAGUGUGUGAUGAUGUCCAAUUCGGUGGCCUCCUAUGACCAGCUGGUGCGGCAGGUGGAGGAUCUCCGCAAGGAGAACUCUCACCUGCGCCGCGAGCUGGAGGACAAUUCGCACCACUUGUCCAAGCUAGAGAAUGAGACCUCUGACAUGAAGGAGGUUCUGAAGCAGCUGCAAGGCAAAGUAGAGCAGGAGGCAUGCACACUUGCUUCUUCAGGAAAAGCUGAAGUGGCUGACCAGCUUAAAGAGCUGCAUAUGGACUUGACCAACUAUUACGAGCUGAAGUACCAACCUCACAACCUGCGUGCAUUCACUGAGACCAUGGCCAACCAAAGCAGUGACAGCGAAGACAGAAUGCAUCUCCCACCAUCCAGCAUUAGCAGAUCCAGGAGCUCUGUCUGCUCGUCCUCUCACCCAUGGUCCACUGCAUCUGGAGAGGCUACAGCUGUGCACCCGUCACACCUUCACCCAGCUAUGACAGGAGAGGGCCGCAUCACUGCCCAGCUAGAUGAACUUCUCAAGGAGAGGAUCAUGCUGCUGAAUGAAAUAGAAAGAGAAGAGAAAGAGCGAAACUGGUAUUAUUCUCAGCUGCAGGGACUUUCACAAAGGCUGGCAGAGCUGCCCCGGAUUGACACAUUCUCUAUACAAAUGGACCUCAUUCGCCAGCAAUUAGAAUUUGAUGUCCAGCAGCUACGUUCAGUCAUGGAGGAACGCUUUGGCACCAGUGAUGAAAUGGUUCAGAGAACACAGAUCCGUGCAGUUCGACUAGAGCAGUUGGAGAAAGAGGUACAGGAGGCGCAGGAGUCCCGCAACUCCCAGGAGAAAAUCAAUCAGCCAGAGAGUCAGAGUGCUGACUGUCUUUCUAAAGCAUCCAUAUCUGAGCAAGAAAAUGGAGCAAGCACAAGCACUAUCGAGGCUCCUGGAGAAGCAGGAAGCAAAGUGGAGAUGGUGUUUUGGCUGCUAUCUAUGCUGGCCUCCAGAGAUCGUGAAGAGAUGUCUCGCAUCUUGUUGACCAUGUCCACCUCGCAGGAAAGCUGCAUCGCAAUGCGCAAGUCUGGCUGCGUUCCACUGCUUGUACAGAUGCUGCAUGAUGGAGGUGCUGGCGGGACUCCCGGUACCACAGAAUGCAGCCGAGAGGCGCGAUCCAGAGCGAGUGCCGCUUUGCAUAACAUCGUGUACUCACAGCCUGAUGAGGGUCAAGCACGGCGUGAGAUGAGGGUUCUGCAUGUGCUGGAGCAGAUACGCUCACACUGUGAAAGUGGCUGGGACUGGAUCGAGAACCACCUCAGAACCCCAUCACCUGGUGGUGUUAAGGCAUUAGACAUUCCAGAGCCCAUAGAUUCCCAGAUUUGUCAAGCCACGUGUGCUUUAAUGAAACUUUCCUUUGAGGAGGAGUACCGAAAGGCCAUAAAUGAACUUGGGGGACUUUCAGUCAUUGCUGAACUAAUGCAGCUGGAACAGGAACUGUAUGGCAUGCAGAAUGAUCCUAUAAAUAUGGCCCUGCGAAGAUAUGCUGGAAUGGCACUCACUAACCUGACAUAUGGAGAUGUUGUAAAUAAGGCCACACUUUGCUCAAAGAAAAGCUGCCUUCAAGCUAUUGUUGCUCAACUUGCAUCUGAUAGUGAGGAACUGCAUCAGGUGGUCUCAAGUAUUCUUAGAAAUCUUUCAUGGCGUGCUGACAUCAACAGUAAGAGAGCCCUUCGCGAUGUUGGCAGUGUGUCCGCACUGAUGACCUGUGCACUUCAGGCGACAAAGGAAUCCACAUUAAAAAGUGUACUCAGUGCUUUAUGGAAUUUAUCAGCACAUAGCACUGAGAAUAAGAUGGCAAUUUGCUCCGUUGAAGGUGCCCUGGGUUUUCUAGUCAGUACUCUCACCUACCGGUGCCAAUCCAAUUCUUUGGCAAUCAUUGAGAGUGGUGGAGGCAUUCUACGCAAUGUAUCCAGUCUUAUUGCUACCCGAGAUGACUACAGACAAACCCUCAGGGAUCACAACUGCCUGCAGACAUUGUUACAACAUCUGCGAUCACACAGUUUGACCAUUGUGAGCAAUGCAUGCGGAACCCUGUGGAAUUUGUCUGCUCGGAAUCCAAAGGACCAAGAAUUGCUGUGGGACCUUGGAGCUGUGAGCAUGCUCCGCAAUCUCAUUCAUUCAAAGCACAAGAUGAUAGCCAUGGGAAGUGCCGCAGCUCUGAGAAACCUCCUCACAAACCGUCCUCUGAAAUAUAAAGACACUGCUGUUGUAUCUCCAGGCUCCUGCAUGCCCUCGCUCUAUAUGAGAAAGCAGAAAGCACUGGAGGCUGAGUUGGAUGCAAAGCACCUGGCUGAAACAUUCGAUACGAUUGACAAGCAAAGCCCGAGGCAUAUGAGUAAUAAAAAGCCCCUACGACAUAUUGAAAGCUUGGCAAAAGACUAUGCCUCAGACUCAGGAUGUUUUGAUGAUGAUGAGGCUCCAAAUGUUUCAAGUAGCAUUGAAACAGGAACAAUUUCUAUGCUCUCAAUGUUCCUGAACAACUCUAACUUCCUUCAGAAUCAGACUCACAAGAGGGAGGGAGAACCUGAGCGAGAUGUGGAGCCAUUGCAAACAGAGGACAGAAAGACACAAUCUUCUGAAGAUGAAGUGACACUUGCAGCAGAACAUUUGGCAAAAAAGAUAACCCACACUGUGGCUAAAAUUGACAAGCUGGUGGAAGAUAUUACAAUGCAUACAUCCUCAGAGGAUAGUUUCAGUCUUACCUCUGAGGACCAUUUUGCAGACUGGAAUUACGGGCCUGAUGAUCUUCACGAAGCACGAGCCAAUUCGUGUUCUCCUUGCCGCCUUUCUGAGCACUCAUUUUUUCACAAAGAGCACAUCAUCAGAUCCCAUCCCCUUCUGCAGUUACAAACCACCAAUUCAAGUUUGUCAAAUGACAGCCUUAACAGUGGCAGCAACAGUGAAGGCUACUGUGGUAGUAAGGACCAGAUUCAGCCUUCCACAAGGCCAACAGAACAAAGACGCCCAAACAAGCUCGACCUUAAGAUUGCUCAUGAGAAACUGCUAAACAGUAGUACCAAUGUCACCAAAGAACAUUGUCAGAAUGAAAUACCUGAGAGGGAUUCUGAGACAUCAAAAGAUCCAAACAUGCCUGAUCAAGGUAGCUCAGAUGGAGAAAAGGAUCAAGAACCCAUUAUAGCAACACCUGCAACUGUUUCGACCAGAGUAUCUUCUGACGUCAGCAUGCCUACAGUUAAGCUCUCCCCCUCUUAUCAGCAUGUUCCACCAAUACAGAAUGUUGCCAGGUUUGGUGUAAUUAAUGUUCAGGGAGCUCAGACACUAAGAAAACAGGCAUGGGACUCACCUGUAAUGACUGGACAAAAUAUAAACAAGUUUUCGCCAAUAUGUCCUUCAAGAAGCCCAAUUGGUCAGCUAGAGACACCACAGAAGUAUUCGGUGGAGAAUACACCAAUCUGCUUCUCGCGCUGUAGUUCUUUGUCCUCUCUGUCUUCAGGUGAUGGAGACCUUGAUGGACAGAGUCACAGUGAAAAUGAUCUUGAAAGUGAUUCAUCUCUUGAAAUAAUUGAGGUGGAAGAUGAAACACUAGAGGAUCUAAGUGAUAGCCAGUUGCUUGUCACAGACCAAAAAACAUGUCCCACUACUAGCAGUACUUCUGAUCCUAUUGAAAUUCCAAAAAGAGCUGAAAAGACCUUUCUUAUGGCAGCCUCACCAGUCAUACCAGAGGAUAGGUCUCCAUCGAGUUCCUCAGAGAAUUACAUUCAUGAGACUCCACUCAUGAUGAGUCGUUGUAGCUCUGUAAGUUCGCUGGGUAGCUUUGAGUCCCCGUCAAUUGCAAGUUCUAUACAAAGUGAUCCUUGUAGUGAAAUGGUAAGUGGAACUAUAAGUCCAAGUGAUCUCCCCGACAGCCCAGGGCAAACCAUGCCACCAAGUCGUAGCAAAACCCCAUGUUGUAUUGAGUCAAACGGACCAGAGCAGCAAAAUCUUGGCGGUCUUGGAGGCCAGUGGGAAAAUGGCUUGCGGAAGUACAUGGAAAUCGCAGACCUAAAAGAAAGAUUUAACUUGCCUCCAGACCUGGACACAAUGAUUUACUUCACUGUCGAAAAGCCCUUAGAGAAUUUUUCCUGCGCUUCUAGUCUGAGUGCCCUUCCCCUGCAUGAGCACUACGUCCAGAAGGAUGUCGAGCUUAAACUUACUCCCUUGUUAAAUCAACAAGACAAUGACCCACAAUACUCUAGAAGAAGAGAUGGUGCUGAUUAUCCACAAUGUAUGGACCAAGAUCAGUACAGUGAGGGAAAUUCAGAUUAUGACAUUGAAAUUCUUAAAGAGUGCAUAAAUUCAGCCAUGCCCUCAAGGUUUAGGAAAGUAAGACCCACUUUAAUGUCUAACCUCUCAAACCAAGUUCUUAGCACCCAUGCUCGAAGAUCUGUGCAGUUACCGGUAUACAUGGUGCUCCAGAACAACAAUCAGAUGUGUUCUGGACAAAAGGUAGGCAUGUCUAUGAAAGAUGUUCAUCAUGAUGAUUCCUCAUAUACUGAUUCAGCUGAAGGUACCCCUGUUUAUUUCUCAAGCACCACAUUCUUAAGUGAUGAAACUCUUCAAUACCCGCCCAAGGUGAAGAACUCGAACGAUUGGCGGUCCAGAAGCAAAGCAACACAGGAGCUAAUCGAUAUAGAGGCAAAAAGAAUUGAAGAGCUACGCCGGUUUUCUCGCUUCCAUAAAUCAUCCAGAAUGGCAUUUCAGUCUGAAACAAACCGAAUAAACAAAAACGUUAGACAAAUUACUCCUACUCAAAGGUUACUUGUGCAAAAUAAGGAGAUGGCAGCGAAGAUGACCCAGCAAAGAGUCCAAAGUCAAUCCCCAGUCCGACAAAUCCUAACACAGUCACAGAAUCUAUCUCGAAGUAUGCCACGUUUGAAUCGUCCAAUCAUAAAGCAAGGCACAGAAGUGCGCCAAAAUCAGAAGGCAUAUCCUAAAAGUGUAACACAAGAAAAGACAAGUUUUCACUCUGUGCGCCACCCAGCCCAAUUUAGAGAAGUGCCCUUCAGAUACCAAGAUAAUGAACUGGCUAAUAAGGAUGGAGUGUUAGCCAGAACUAAGCAGAAGCAGUUUAAUGAUUCAAGCAAGAAUAACGUACGUCUUAACUAUAUCAAUUCAAAAGCUUGUGCUGACAGUUUCCAAAGACAUGGGUUUCAGAGAAUUAAGCAAAAUUUAAUCAUGGAAGAAGCACCCCCGUGUUAUUCUCUGAGCUCAUCACUAAGUUCUUUGAGUGAUGUCGAUUGUGAGGAGCAACAGGGAAAAUCUCAGCACGUAUGGAUGAGAAGUAAACACAAUGUAAUAGCUAAUUCUGUUCAGUGUGCCUCAAAAUCACAAGCUCAAAAUAAAUUUGAAGAUAACAGUUCACCAAGUUCAGUAAGCAUGGAUUCUGAGGAUGAUCUUUUGUUAAAAUGCAUAACAUCUGCAAUGCCAAAGCAAAAGAAAAAACAAGCCAAUAGAAAACGAAAAGGUGAGCUUAAACAAAAACAGAAAACUGUUUCUCAAAAGGAUUCCGGGCACUGGGACAAUGAGAAUGAUUUAGACAUGGCAUCCGAUAAAGACUCGGAUCUCAACAGUGUGGAAUGGAGGGAAAUACAGGAGGGUGCGAAUACAAUAAUCACAAAGUUACAAGCUUCAAAAUCACAGGAACCUUCAUCAGAAUCAGAAUCUGUUCUUUCAUUUAUAUCGGGAUCAAGCUUUACACCAAAACCUGACCUCAAUGACAAGAGGAAGGUCUUCAAAGAAAAUAAAAAGAACAAGCCACUUGAUUUCGCCCCUCGAAAACCAGUUCCGAACUUGCCUGUAGUUUUCCGAGGCAGAACAGUGAUAUACACUCCCAAGAAGGAGAAAACACUUUCACAAAUACCAACACCAACGAAGGAGACAGCAAAAACAGAUGCCCCAAAAAAUCCUGCCUUAGCUCAACACCGGUCCAGAAGCCUUCAUAGAUUGGGACAUCUGAGUAACUCUACUCAGCUAACGCUGCCCAAGAGAAGCUCAACUCCUCCUGCCAGAAUUCCAAAGAGUUCAUCAUCAGGAUCAUCUCAAAGUUCAACCCCUUGCAGGCAACCUCAGAAAAAGAUAUCCUACUCUAACCAAACAGUUCAGCAAAGUCAGAAACCAGUGGCCUCUGUUCCAAACAGUCCACCAGACUCAGAGAGAAAAGGAAGCUUCAUAUCCAACCACAGCUCAAGAUCUGUUGACAGCAAGACACAAAAAUCUCCUGUGAGAAUAUCAUACACACAGAAUCCAUCGGGGCAACCAAGAGCAGUUUCACCGUUAGUCUCAAACCAGGCGGUAGUUAGUAGACAAAAUAGUCAGUUAUCUGCAAAAAGAAUCGCACCAGGCAACCGACUGGAUUUUGUUCGCAUGGCAUCUACUCAUUCGAGCAGUGGUGAAUCAGAUCGUAACGGUUUCCUUAGACAACUGACUUUCAUCAAAGAGUCGUCAAACCUCUCACGCUCAAGAUCUACGUCCCAACAUUCAUCUCCUCAAAGAGCACGUCCAGGGGCCCCGGCCGUUUUCCUAUGUUCCUCUCGUUGCCAAGAGCUGAAGUCAGCAGCACAAGGUCCAAAAGGAUUGCAGGGACCCCAAGGGACCAGGAAUGGUCAUGAACAAGGCAUAUUCAAGCAGACCAUGGGAAUAUCAAGGGCGUACUCCAGUGACCGAAACUUCACUGUAAAGCGUCCAUCCAGAAGAACAAGUUCAGAAAGUCCCUGCAGGGUGGCUCAGAGAAAUGUACCUGUGCCAAAUCAAAAGCAAAUAAAAGAAGAGACGUUUAAACGCUAUUCUUCCUCUCCCAGCAUAAACGUCUUAAGCCGUGUGACCAGCCGCUCCUCUCUUCGAUCCUCGUCUUCAGACUCAAGUGUCCGGGCAAAGAGCGAGAAGGACGUGAAGCACAGGCAGAACAAAGCCGUGUCACGGAAUACUAACAACAAAGGUACAUGGAGGAGAAUUCGCGAUGAAGAUGUUCAACAGAUAUUGAAGAGCACCCUCCCACCUACUGCGCUGCCGUUGAUACCUUCGCCCGAGGGCCACAAACCGAUGCCACCCCCCCUGCCGGGGAAAUUGCCAACAAUUACUUUAAUAUCACGCAAGACAAGUGACGCAACAGUUCAAACUGAGGAGUUAUCGACCAAUAAAACUAACUCAAGCACAUCCCCUACGAUUGAAAACGGCACUGCUAUUUCAGAAGAGGUAGCAAAGAUAGCUCCACUUAAAAGAAUUAACCUGACGACUGGGAAUAGCCUGCAGGACGGAGAUUCGGAUGGAUUCCUUAAAAGUAACAGCACAGCUGCAGAGAGCAGUCACACAGGAGGCAUAGGUCUUUUCCGUCAGAGCUCUCCCAGCAAAGCUGUCAGAGUAACUCCAUUCAACUAUGUCCCCAGCCCUAUGGUCUCUUCCUGUCAACAAACACAGAGUCAAGCCCCGGUAAUACCUGAAAAAUCAGCAGAAAAAGUUGAGUCCUAGGACAUUAUUACAAUUAGGAUGAUGCCUAGAAGAUUGCAAGUUUGGGUUCCGUAUUUCUGAUGCUGUAAAAACUCAGGUGGUUUAUUGAGCAACACUAAUCUAUUUACCUCGAAACUGCUUUUCACAAACAUUUUCUUCGUAUUUCCAU